CCCCCGGCCCCCCGUCCUCCUCGCCGACCCCGGGCCCCGAGACGCCCCGACGGGUUUCCCUCCCCGACCUCUCGCUCGCCGCCAUGCCCCCCAAGAAGCCGGACCCUAAGAAAGAGGACCCCAAGGCCGCCCCCAAGGCCGCCGCGGCCCCCGCCCCGGCCCCGGCCCCCGAGCCCGAAGCCCCCAAGGAGGCGGAGUUCGACCCGUCCAAGGUCAAAAUCGAGUUCACCCCCGACCAGAUAGAAGAGUUCAAGGAAGCCUUCUCCCUCUUCGACCGCACGCCCAAGUGCGAGAUGAAGAUCGGCUACGGGCAGUGCGGGGACGUGAUGCGCGCCCUGGGGCAGAACCCCACCCAGGCCGAGGUCCACCGGGUCCUCGGACGCCCCAAGGCCGAAGAGCUGACCUCGAAGACGAUGGACUUCGAGGCCUUCCUGCCGCGCCUGCAGCACGUGGCCACCUGCAAGGACACGGGCACCUACGAGGACUUCGUGGAGGGGCUGCGCGUCUUCGACAAGGAGGGCAACGGCACCGUCAUGGGCGCCGAGCUCCGGCACGUGCUGGCCACCCUGGGGGAGAGGCUGACGGAGGAGGAAGUGGAGAAGCUGAUGGCGGGACAGGAAGACGCCAACGGGAACAUCAACUACGAAGCCUUCGUCAAAUACAUCAUGGCCAACUGAAGCCGGAGGGAUCCAGAUUCCCGUCCGGACCAGGCCCGAGGGAACGGGGCCUUCCGUUCCGGCGGGAGGGAUCCGGGUCGGACUUCCCCAGGCCAAACGCUGUGCGCCCACGCUGCGCUUCCUUCUCUUCUAGGAGGUCCAGUCCCUCCCCCGGCCCGCCAGCCUGUGUCUGGACCCCACGGGGAGGGGGCCGCGUCUUCGUCCUCCAGCCCGGCCCCCCUUCCCGCGGAGCUCCUCCGCCCGCCUGAAAUCGGGGGGACGGGGGAGGCCGGGGUCCGGGGAGGCGGCCUUCCUGGGACGGAGGGACGGGGGGGGGGCUCCCGGAGGGGGUUGCCCGAGGGGCGGGGGGCGUCUCCGGCUCCCCCUCCUCGCGUCCCACCCCUCCCGGGAUCCCUCUUGCCCCCAUUAAAGGCCUGGUCCAUCCAACCGCA